UCCUCGUGUUUAUUAAAUAGACCUAUUAGAUCUUCGUCUCCCACCUCACGUUUACACGGGUAAUGCCUCUAACCAUAAUACCUCAUAAAAUUGGUUCAUUAAUUAAAAUUCUAUCGUUUCCAAAAGACACUGACGAUACUACCGAGGACUAUUUUUCAUGUUCUGCUUCAGCCAUGAAGAAAAGUCUCCUCUCUCCUCUAACAGAACGUAACCUCUGCAGCAACAGAAGAACAAUCACGUAUGAUAAUAUGGACUUGAAUCGCUUCACCAAAUUUCCCACACAAACAAAUACUAACCUCUGCCACAACAGCAGAACUCUCAUAUGUAGUAGCAACUUUGACCACUGUGAAACCGUACUUCUUGAUUCAUGA